GUCCUCUGAAAGCUCUCUUCCGCAUUUUCAAGCGUUUGGCGAAAUAAUGAUUCCAGAAGCAACAAGAAUUGUUGGCGACGUUUUAAAGAGAAAGGGAUCUUUGAAAAAUUUAGUAUUUUCAUCAAAAUUCAAGAAUACGAAAGCUUUAUAUGCUUUGACAUGCGAGACUUUGAGAUACAGAAAACCUUUGUUGGAUAUAGCAGCUGACUGUGGUGUGUUAAAGGAUAAGAGAUUAAAAAAUGAUGAUAAUUUAGUUGCUGUUCUCAUGUAUGAACAUUUACUUGGGAAAGGAGCUCUAGGAAGAUUUAAGGUUAUACUACACAAGUAUAAAAACUCUAUUCACAGUAAAUGUGAGAGAAUAAAAAUAGACUGUGGAAUGACAGAUCUUCGUCAAGCUUUACAGAAAUUGUUACCAUUCAAUGCAUCAGAUAGACAAUUGCCUAAAUAUGUAAGGAUCAACACAAUAUUGGAUAAGAAAGAACAUGUAAUAACACAACUACGGAAACAGUUUCAGCUGAGAGAAAAUUCCAGGACAGAUGACAUUUUACUUGAUGAUACUGGAAAUUGGUUCAUAGAAGAUGUACAUGUACCUAAUCUGUUGAGGUUUCCGACUUCUGUACAAUUACACAAUCACCCGCUGUACUUAUCUGGGAAGAUCAUUAUUCAAGACAAGGCAAGUUGUUUCCCAGCAUUUAUUUUGAAUCCUCCAAGUGGUUCUACAGUGAUAGAUUGCUGUGCUGCCCCUGGAAACAAAACAAGUCAUCUAGCAGCAAUCAUGGGCAAUCAGGGGAAAGUGUUGGCCUUUGACAAGGACGCCAAGAGAUUGUCAACGUUGAAAAAGCUGGUUAGUAAAGCUGGAGCAACUUGUGUACAUGCUGAAUGUAAAGAUUUCCUAUCAGUGAAGCCACAUGAUGACAUGUAUAGAAAUGUGGAGUAUAUAUUAGUAGAUCCAUCAUGUAGUGGUUCAGGUAUGGUAAACAGACAACAACAGUUUACGGAUGAGGAAGAUUCUGGUACCACAGAGAGAUUACAACAAUUAUCCAAGUUCCAAAUCUCUAUCCUCAAACAUGCCCUUAGUUUCCCACAUGUUAAAAAAGUAGUCUAUUCAACUUGUUCAGUUCAUGAUGAAGAAAACGAACAAGUUGUUGAAGAAGUUUAUUCACAAUGUAGUGACAGGUUUAAUAUAGAAAAUAUAAUGCCAGAAUGGAGAUAUAGAGGGAAGGAGAUAUAUGAACACGGUGCUUGCUGUUUAAGAAUGUCUUACGAGGAUUGCCAGACAAACGGAUUCUUUGUAGGAAGUUUCAUUAGCAAAAAUACCGAACCGUCUGAUAUCGAACAAUUGGAUAAGGUUAAAUCUGAAACUAGUGAUGAACUUAAAAGACUGGAUAAUAGCGAAGAUCAUUUAUGUGUAAGAACUAAAGAUUUUGGUUCUAGGAAAAAGAAAAUGAAGAAAAAUAACAAGAAGGUUUAUGGUGUAUGUAAAAGUAAUGGUGAGAAAAAACUUUCUGUAGCCAAGAAAAAUAAAAUGUUGUUAAAAGCAACGUCUACAUGGACUGUGAUAAAACAGGGUGUUUAAUUUAAUUAUCUGGUUCUUAAUUCUAAAUUCUUUCUUGUGCAAUGUAUAUUGAUACAAUUGAAUAAAAUAAUGGUAGAUUAAAAUAGG